AUGCAAGAUAUUAGUUGUCCAAAUGUUAGCCCUAGAGAAUUGGAUUUAGUCGAGCUCGAUGGCAAGUGGUAUCUUGCAGCGGUCGCCACCGACCUAAACAUGCAAGGCGACUGCGCGAUGGUGGUCUUCAACCACAAGAAUAACAAUACCACGGACGUCUCUAUCAGCUGGGUGGUUAACAAUACCGCUAGUUACUACAACGGCUCUGUUGCACUUACCGUUGGCAGCAAUGGCGGUGAUUUACUGUUAGUUACAUAUACUGAUCAGAAAUCUGAAACAUAUUCUGUGUUGGACGUGAACUACGAACACUAUGCGGUCAUAUUUGCCUGCUACGACAACCCUGAUGGCAACAGUAGUACUUAUGAGCUAUGGAAGCUAACACGCACACCACAUUUGAAGAAAACAGACGCCGCCAUGUUGGACCAGACAGUUGGGAACUACAGCCUUCAAAACACGCCUUUCCUGAUCUUCAAUAACACUGAAGACUCUUGCAAAAUAAAUGCUGGUAAUCAUUUGAAUCCAGCAACGCUCAUCAUGACAUCGGCAGCUGCUAUUACGUUGUUAAGGAGAUUAUAUUAGUACCUAUAUAUAAGAACAUAUAAUGUAGUAAUUAAUUAUAUGACCGUCUAUAAUAGUUGU